UUAAUGUGGUGUGACUGCAUGCUGUAAUUACCUUGUUUUAGACAUUUAAAUCUCUCAAGACUGCAGGGAAUAAUGGGGAAGAAGGAUGCGAGCACUGCACGGUUGCCAGUCGAUCAGUACCGCAAGCAGAUUGGAAAGCAGGAUUAUAAAAAAACAAAGCCGGUUCUGCAAGCUACAAGGCUAAAGGCUGAGGCAAAACGAAGCGCUCCAGGAAUCAGGGAUAUCAUCCUGGUGAUCGUGGCAGUGCUGGUCUUCCUGCUGUGUGUUUACGCCUUCUUUUACCUCAACCUGAGUACUGAGCUGAACUUGGAUUCGGACAUGUAGUAAUAUUUUACCUUGGAAAGGUCAGAAUGGGUUGAGGUUGUGUUUCAAUCAAAAUAUUACACAUGACUCUAUUCUUUAACUUGAGAGUUGUCGUCACAGGUGAUGAUGCUGAUGAAAAUAAGAAAGACUUUAAAAUGUGUCAGAAACCACAUUUGUCUGUCUUUCCAAUAUACCAACCAUUUAUUAUUGCAUUCUUUUGGGCUUGAAGAUCCUGAGAUGUGUUUUUGUGGCUUCCAGGAUGAAUUGUCAAUACUGGCUGAAUACCAGUAAAUAGAAUUGGAUAAAAACCCAAUAAAUUGGUGAAUAUACCCAACAUAAUCCUUGUGGCCACCCCAAUGGCCACUUAAAUAACCAAAAAAUGAAUGCUGGUACUUGUAGUUUUGAAUUUCAGGUCAGUAACCAUUCCACGCUGUACUAUGUCAUACCACACUAACUGGGAAAUUGAUGUUAGAUCCUGUGUUUUCUUGAUAAGGCUCAUUACUUCCUUUGUCUUUUCUUUCUUGAGGUCCACUGUUUUGGCUUUUUUUUUAACCAGACAAUCAUGCCUCCUUUAUUCAGCUGCAUGCAGAUCUGCUGAUCAGAGCUCUGGAUAUUAAAGACAUAAACCCAAAUGCUGAUUGACAGUGUAUGUAAAAUCCUUAGUGUGUGUAGAAUGAUAAAGUGAUAAUUUCUGUUACACAUGCUGUCACGGUUAUUCUGUUUAGCAUUUUAAAUGCUGUUCAUGUCCAUGAAUUAAUAGCAAUAAAUGAUACCAAGAUUUGUCAUGAAGACCUCUAUGUACAGACCUCAGUUCUGGGAUGGAUGGGAGAGUAUCUGAAAUGCCAAUAAACACUACAAAAAGUAUGUGGACACCCCUCCUAAUAGUUGAGUUUGGGUGUUUCCACAUUCCUAUUGCUAAAAGGUAUAUAAACAAAUUAUAUUAAGUUAAUGCUUCUUUCAUACCCAACCAUGAUUGCAUCAUCAAAUUAGGGCUUUCAGUAUUUGCAUUUUACAUACUCUCCUAAUUUCUCUGUUUUAAGGUUUUAGGUGUUUGGUGAGCCAUGUGUAUUUGAACACAAUGAAAACCAGCAGUGUUUUCUUUCUUUCUUUUCUUUUUUUUAAAGCAAAUAAAAGCUUGACAACUUGAGAUUAAUUAGCAUUUUUUAUUUUCAUUGAUGUUUACAGGUUUAAACUGACUUGGUUUGUUCCAGGGAGUUUGUUAUGAAGGUUGUUGUUCAAAUGAAGAAAAUUUGUACUACAUUUAUUUUUAUUUGUAAAAUUGAUUCAGUAAAAUAAAAAAUAUGCAUUGUU